AUGGCGGAAUGUCUGGGAAGAUGCAUUGGAAAACUUGUUGAGAAGGGAGAGUUUUGUGGGUUGAAACCUUCUUCAGCGGAUCAAGUCUGCUCCCAUCAACAGUUUGUGGAUGAUUCUAUUAUUAUGGGGAAGGCUUCAAUGCAAGAUUCUAGGAGUUUAAAGAAAGUAUUGGAUAGUUAUGGGACAACUACUGGUCAAUUGAUAAAUUGGUCUAAAGGCUUUGUUUAUUUCAUCAACACUCUGAAAAGAAGACAGAUAAAAAUGAGCAACAUUUUGGGGUGUCAAUUGGGGAAUCUUCCUGCUUCCUAUCUGUGGCUCCCUUUAUGUCAAGAUCAUCUUGAUACUUUCUCAGGAGCUCUUCUGGAUAAAUUUCAUAAGAAGUUAGCUGGUUGGAAAGGAUCUCUUCUCAGCCAAGUUGGUAAAGUUUAG